AUGACAAAUACCGGGGGCCGCCGGGGGCAGGGGGCGGGCGGCCCCCCGGCAGCGCCCUUCUGGCAGCUGUUCGAGCCUGCUGCAAAGGACCGGCCCUGCGGGGCGGCGGAGCGCGCCGCGGAGCCCCGUGUGCUGCCGCUGAGCAAUGACCUUCAUUUACCUAUUCUCAUACCUGAUGUUCCCUCCUCACCAAGAAAUGAAUUUCCUGCAGACUGGAGUAUUAAAACGCGACUUCUGUUUAUGUCUUCCCAACCUUUUACCUGGGCAGAACAUUUAAAAGCGCAAGAAGAAGCUCAAGGAUUUGCCCAGCACUGCAGAGCCACAGAAACAAACUUGCCGCAGUGCGUACAGGAACCAAAAAUGUCCACAGAACUCCGCUGUGCCUUUCAGCAAAGUCUCAUUUACUGGCUUCACCCAUCACUGCCGUGGCUGCAGCUGUUCCCUCGCAUUGGAGCAGACAGAAAAAUAGCGGGAAAGGCUAGUCCUUGGUCACAGGAUGAAGCCUUGCAGCAGGUGCUAAUGAGUGAAUGGUCUGUCAGCUUUACUUCUCUGUACAAUCUGCUCAAAGCCAAACUAUGUCCCUACUUCUAUGUAUGUACCUACCAGUUUACUGUCCUGUUCCGUGCAGCUGGUCUGGCAGGAAGCGAUGUGAUCACAGCUGUCAUUUCUCCCACAACUAGAGGUUUAAGGGAAGCCAUGAGAAAUGAAGGCAUAGAAUUUUCUUUACCUUUGGUAGAAGAAAGCAGAAUGAGAAAACAGAAAAACUCUGAAGUGAAUGUGGAAACAGAAGUUGUUCACAGCCCUGAAGUGGGCAAAAGCAUCGAGGAUGAAGAGGAACCUGCUCCAAGUGAUGAUGAUGAUGAAAGUUUCUCUUGGCUUGAGGAGAUGGGAGUCCAAGACAAGGUUAAAAAGCCAGAUGCUAUUUCUAUUAAGCUCCGUAAAGAGAAAAAUGAAGUGCAAAUGGAUCACAAGCCUGAAUCUGUUGCAUUAGUGAAGGGAACAAACACAUUCACAUUGCUGAACUUCUUGAUAAACUGUAAGAGUUUGGUGGCUGCUGCAGGUCCACAAGCAGGGCUUCCACCAACUUUGUUGUCCCCCAUUGCUUUUCGAGGUGCAACAAUGCAGACGCUCAAAGCUCGAAGUAUAAGUGCAAAAGCAAGGGCGCGCUUGUCAUACGAAGAUGUAUUCAGUUUGGAGAUCGUAGGCCCCGUCAUGCCGCAUUCUCUGCAUUCGUUGACAAUGCUGCUCAAACCUGCACAGAGAGGAGCUUUCUCAGCAAUAUUAUAUACACAUGAGCCAACAGCUGUGUUCAACAUUGGUCUUGAUGAUGCAAGCACUGCCUUAAAUAAGGAAGCUGUAAGCAAAGAUCUGUCCAAGUGCGGCCUGCAUCCUAAAACUUUGGAUCAACUGAGUCAAUUUUCAACUCUGAGAAAAUCUUCUAUCCGAUUCCUAGAAAUGAAGGAUUAUGCUUAUACCUGGAAGUCCUAGAUAUGCCGUUUCAAUUUAAUGAAAUGGAAUACUUGCUAGUAUGCAGUUGCUGUAUUUACAUGGAUGGCCUACACCAACGGCACCUAUGCAGUACCAGGAGGAAUAUGAUUUAACUGAACGUUACUGAUAAGAACUAUUGCACAUCACUCACCAUGAAAUACUUCAAAACACUCUCAAAGAAAACUAAGGAAAAGGCCUUGGACAUCUCCUGUUUUUAGAAAGUGUUUUUAAAUAAAAUCUUAUAAAAUAUCAUUAUCUAUUGUCGUGGUCUGAAUAAAUCUGGAAGGCCUAUA